AUGCCACCUGUACUCCUCCUCCUCAUACUCCUCUCAUCCAUUCCCAAAAUCUCCUCUCUCUACCCCCCUACUCCUCCAAAACAACUAUACAUCACUCCUCACUGCUUCCAUAUCCCCACUACGGCUCUCACCACCUCCUCCUAAUACUCCACUCUCCCACUAACCCACACGCCACCACUAGCAGACUCACACGCUCUUGCACAUCUCGCUCCUAUGCCACCUUUCUCACCCUUCUUCUAACCGCCGGGCACAUCUCCCCAAACCCUGGUCCCUCACCACCUCACUCACCCACUAGGCACCCUCCUACUUCCACAAACUGCCGCAACCCCCUCAACCUAAUACCUGUCCCCGU